CGCGAUCCUAAAGAGAGAUAUACUCGAAUCCUUCAAUCGCGUGCCUUCCUUCCGCACAGUUCGAUCCUUAUUGCACAGUUUCACCAUCUCAACUCACCCAGAAGCUCCAAACCGUUCCCGCGCGCUGCACGUCCUUCGAUUCCUUCACUUUACGACCGCAGUCCAACGCCGGCCGAAUCUUCGCGCGUUCUUUAAAAUCAGCCAAUUGAACCUGCGGCUGGUUUUUUGAGGUCGUAAACACAUAAUAAAAUGGCGGACAGCUUUAACGAAGCGACAAUCGAGGACACGCCGGUCGCCAGCACCUCUGCCGAUACCGCUGCAGGAGCCGACGUCGACAUGGCCGAGAGCACACCCGCCGCUACGAGCGAAAACCCUAAGGGCUCCGAGCUUCCCUUUCCCGAGGGCGUUACCGAGGAUCUUAUUCCAGAGCGUGUCACCUUCGCGCAGUACCUUUCUACUCCGGUGGUCACCUUACUGGUUGGGUCGGGGGACAACGAGACUAUCCUGACGGCGCACCAGGGGCUGCUGGUCAAGAGUCCGUAUUUUGCCGAGGCUUGUGCCGAAUUUGCGGAUGAUGGGAGCCCGCGUCAAAUUGAGCUCCCCGACGAAGACGUGGACGCAAUGGGGUCCUUCCUCGAGUUCUUGUACACAGGCGACUACUUUCCCAAGAAGGUUCCCGGCCAGCGCACUCUCGAGAGGCACCCGUCGGUCCCUGAAGUAGACAUGACGGGCGAGCAGCUCCUCAGGCACGCCAAGAUCUACACCCUUGCGGAGAAGUUCGGUCUUACCCACCUCAAGAACCUCGCGUCUAGCAAGAUCCACUGCAUCAACUCGACCGCUAAGGGCGAGAUUGCCUACGCCCGUUACGUCUACCAGUACACCACCAAGGAGGACACGACCAUCCGCGUUCCCGUUGCCAACUUCUGGGCUACCCGCUCCCAUACCCUUCGCGCUGAGGCCGAGGAAGAAUUUCGUAGCCUCUGCUUGGAGUUUCCCGAGUUCGGUUACGACGUGCUUACUCGCGUACUCGACGAGAAGCUCAAGCGCGAGCGCAACGAAAAGAUGCACCCUGGGACGCCCGGAAGCGCUCGCAAGCGGCCCCGUCACAGCAGCGCGGCGGCUUAGGCGGGAAGAAUGCGGCGCGGAAGCGCACGGUGGGAAGCGUUCGUGCGUCUUGUGCUGCUAGCCGGGCGUGGCCUAUCAUGGCAGUACCUCGGCAGUCCCCAUCAGCUGGCCGGCCGCCGUUCUUCGAAUGUAUACUAUAGUGCUAUCCUUCCUGGGGUUGCCACCCUGGGCCUUCCUUUGCUCAAUUGGCUCAAGUGAUUGGGUGAUGGGUUGACUAGCUUUGGGAAAUAUGGCUGGUCUAAGUCACCAGCCACAAACCUUCCUGGGUGGCGCAAGCCAAGGCAAUUUGAUCAUCGACUCUGGAGGCUCGAGAUUCGCGGCGUAAACACCCAUUGUAACCUCUUUCAAGGAUCACCCUCUCAUAGCAGACGUAGGUGUGAGGAGCUGGCGAUACAACACAACACGUUAUUAGUAUUUG